GCACAGUAUAAAUACGCACAGUACUUCAGCUUUUCUGUACCCCAGUUCUUAUUUGACAAGCAGAAGGAAUUCUUGCAAACUGCUGUUUCAAUAAGUUGGAUUUGGAGUGCAAAUUCAUACCAUGGCUACAAUUCUCCAAAUCGUAACCUUGGCAACGGUACUGCUUGUCCAAGUUCGAGGCCAUGGAAGACUCAUAGAACCGCCCAGUCGAUCCAGCAUGUGGAGAUAUAGAUUUGACAAUCCAGUAAACUAUGACGACAACCAACUUUAUUGUGGUGGAUACGAUCAUCAGUGGAGAGUAAACCAAGGGCGCUGUGGUGUUUGCGGUGACCCUUACGACGGACCACGAGAGAACGAGGCGGGUGGGACAUUUGCUAACGGAAUCAUCGUUCGGCAGUACCAGGAAGGUGACAUAAUCAACGUGAAAGUUCAGCUGACAAAGAGCCAUUUGGGCUGGUUCGAGUUCCGUCUGUGUCCAAACAACAACGUCAAUAGAGCAGUGACUCAGGAAUGUCUGGAUUCGAACCUGUUGGAGUCUCCGAAUGGGUUCACGCGCUACAAUGUUCGAAGCUGGGACGCAAUGGUACAUAGCUUGAAGGUCCGGUUGCCUCGGGGAGUCACGUGCACGCAGUGUGUGCUGCAAUGGAAAUACAACGCAGGUAACAACGUGGAUUGCGAUAGCAACGGAAAUUGUUGUAAGGGCUGUGGACCGCAAGAACAGUUCUACGGCUGCGCAGAUGUUUCCAUUUCCCCUCGCUGGUAAUCGUGUCCCAAGGGAGCAGGAGGCAACGGUGGAAACUUGUAUUUGAAAAUGAAAAGCAACACAGUGGAGUGCAAAUGUCAAGACAGGAUUACACGAGUUCUUUCUUGGUUUCCAAAUCUCAAACACUAUUCAAAGUGGAAUUCGGAAUUUUUAAAGAAAUAUUAGUUUCUGAUACCACUACAGUGUUUUCGUAUGCAGUGUUUGGUUUUUUUUGUGUUAACUGUUGAACCUUUAUACCUACAUUGCCAUAUUUUUUUCUAAAUGCCUUCCAUUUUGGUACCCUGUGAAAAAAGGCAUAGUAUUAGUUAUCCAUAUUGUGCUUUGACUGGGGUGUUUUACUUACAUAAAGUAAUUACUUUGCACUACAGCUCGAUUUGUACAUGCGGUCGUAAAGUACAUGCGGUCGUAAAGUGAGUAUUAUGGAAGACUGGGAAAGGGACAAAGGCGUUAUUUAGGAUAGUCUGUGCCCCUGCAAGUUGGCUGAUUUCUUUAAACUUCCCAAGCAUUGAUAUUAGUGUAUGCUGUGCUCAUGUGUCUUCUGCCUUAGAUUUUUGUACUUUAGAUUUGAUGUUCGCAUGCUGCCAUACUUGUGAUGGCUCUAGCUAUCUGCUUUGUUUUUUACUUUUUUACUGAUAUGUUAGUACUUAUACUGGUCAACGAUGAAAAAGGCUUGGCAACAGUUGUCAAAUUGUGUGGAAAUAAAAAGUGCUGAAUCCA